UUUGAGCUGCAAAAAUCAGUUCGUGCCAGACGAUCUAUUGGGGAGAUUUGUUAGCUUCUGCUUCACCUUUAGUGUUUUUCAUUUCGCUGCUUUAUAUGUUUAUUUAACGGAAUAAUAGCAUAGUGGACAUUACAUCAAAAUUGUUGUUAUUAUUUGUCAUCGAUAACUUUUUAACAGUUUUUGCGAAGAAGGGUUAAAAGACGAAAAACAUUCUUGCAUAGAUUGUGCUUGACACAAAUUCUAACUGCAACAUCAUCAUGAGUCAGCAAACUACUGCGACUCUUGAAAUUGAAAACCUCGAGCUACAAGCAACAGUAGAUAGCCAAGAAGAGUUAAUCAAUCGUAUUUCAGAAGAUCUACGAAAUGUCCACAAAGCUCGGGACUUCACCGCAGAGGUGGAAAUUUUAGGUCGAGAACAGCAAUGCAUGGAUUUAAAAGAACAAGUUGAAGGGAAAGAUCUUACUAUCCAGCAUCUAAAAAAUGAAUUGACGGCUUCACAACAGAACAUCGAAGAGAUUUAUAAGAAAUAUGAAAGUUACCGAGUGGACCGUGAAACAAAGGACCAAUCCAUUCGUCGCUUGCAACAAGAACUUCACAACUUGCAUGAUAUGUUGGAGCAAGCACAAAAAGAGAAACUUUAUUGUGUGGAUAAGAUGAGACAGAUUCAAAAUGAAAAAUCUGCUUUGGAGUUUGACUAUCAGUGGGUCUGUGAUAAGGUGAAAAAUUACGAACAGGGCGGUGACGCUACUGAUUAUGGCGGAUCAACUAAAGUAUCAUCGUCAUCAGCAACAAGAACUACCAUCAAACGUACGACAACAACUGGAUAUGACGGCGACACUCAAACUCAUGUUGAAGAAUACCACUCAGACAGUAGCAUGCAACCCAUUGAUCAACACUUUCAGCAAGUUGAAAAAGGCUACCGACAUGCUUUAACUCAACAGGAUAUCCAACUUCAAAAGGAAAAGGAAGAACUGAUGCGAGAAUUCAAACAACUUCAAACUCAACUUUACGAUUUAAAACGCGUCCAUGAAAAUUACGCAAGAGAGGCUAAAGAAAAAGACGCAUUGAUUGAAAGACUCAAAGAAGCGAAACUUACUUUGGAUCAAGAACUGGAACAACUGACACGAGAAAACCAUCAUCUUCGUGAACAUAAUGAUAAAUUAUCCAAUGAGAAUACAGAAUUGCGAUCGGAAUUGAAUACAGUACGAAACCACGUGACAAAAGUUGAAGUCCAAUUGGAAAAUUCAAUCAAACAACGAAAUUACAUGAAACAACAGGUCGAGGUCAUUGCUCAAAACAGCGCAAAAGGCAAGGACGAUUACCAACACAUUGAAGCUCAGUUGAGAGAAACUCAACGAAAGAUGGAUUCAAUGGCACGUGACAUAUCCAACAAAGACAACCUGAAUAAACAGCUCAAAUUGAAAAUUCAUAGUUUGGAAGAUGAUUUUGAGGCUUGCAGACAAGAAUACAGUCAAUGUGUAAUUUCAAGAGAUAGCUUACAGCAACAAAAACUUGACGUUGAAAGGGAAUUGAAGGAUCGUCAUGAUCGAAUGAUUGAAGUGGAAAAUGCAUUCGAGGAGAUGCAACACCGAAAGGUUGGUCUUCAGCAAGAACUCUCUGAACUCAAAACGCAAGUUGGUCGAAUGGCAAGCGGCGAAGACACAAAUAAUCAAGUCAAGUCGCAGCUUCAGACCGAGGUUCUCAAUGCUCACAAGAGAAUAUCGCGUCUUGAAGCUGCUUACGAGGCGAGUCAACAAGAGAAACUGGAGCUACAACAAGAACUUGCUCCAGCGACUCAAAGACUUUCCAUGAUGCGCGCAGCUUAUGAGACCUUGCAACAGAAGAAAGAACACAUACAGACUGAGCUUAUUGGUUAUCAGAAACGUUGUGCAGAUCUGCAGAAUGAUAACGAUCAACUGAAACAAGACCGCACUGAGAUUCUUUCUGAAGUUCAAACUUGCAAGCGACGCGUUGCUCAAUGUGAUAUCGAGUUGGAUGAAGCAACAAAACAGUAUGCCAUCUUAAAAAAUAAACUCGAUGAGGCAAACAGAAGAUUAGCAUCUAGUCGCGAUGAGAUUCUUGGUAGACAGAGACAAAUUGAAGAGAUCCAAUACAAGUUUGAAGCAGCUACACGCGAAUCCAUCCAAAGAGAAUCUUUUGUUGAGAAAUUUAAACAAGAGAGAAGAUCGUUGGAAGAAGAAUUGAAGACUUGCGAAGCUGAUUUGGAAAAGAUGCAGAAUGAGUUGAGAAACUGUCAACGUGAUAAUGAGAAGCUUCGACAAGACUAUGGAGGUUGUCAACAACGUCUUCAUGAAACCGAAUCAUACUGGCAGAAGACGAAAAUUGAAAAGGAAAGAAUUCAAAGAGACCUCGCCAACAUGGAGAGGCUUGUGGGCGAGCUCAGAGAUCUGAGUCACAAGUUGCAGCAAGAUAAAGAGGACUGUGAACGAGAACUGUACAGCUUGCAAAAGAAGUAUGGAAACAUUGAAAAGGAAAAUGAUCGUUUGUCAAGAGAAAACCAAGAAAUGGACCGUGAAUUAACAUCUUCUAGAAACAGAUUGGCACAACAUGACGCGAUUAUCCAAGAUGCAAAGCGAAGGGAAGCGCAACUGAAAUCCCAACUGGACGAAGCAUUUAAGAACAGAGAUGAAUUAAAUCGCUUAAAAUCAUUGCUUGCUGACCUACAGAGACGACUGGACAGCACAAUUAAGGAUAUAGAACAAAAGGAUGCCACCAUUGUACAGCUACGUAACGAGAAAGAAAAUUACAGACGCGAUUGUGAAAAGUAUGGACGCGAUUACGAAAGUUGCAAAUCAACCCUUGAUUCUACCAUUCGAGAGAAGGACCGAUUGACAAAAGAAAACAAUAGCUGUCAACGAAAGAUAACUGACUAUGAGAUUUUUAUUCAACGAAUCCAAGAAGAGAACAUGCAAUGCCGAAAAGACCUUAGCUCCUAUGAAUCACGUGUACCUGCCUUGGAGGAAGCACUCCAAAAACAUCAAGCCAAUGAAAGUAGAUUUGCUCAAGAAGCCAACACUGCCAAAUCUAGUCUUGUACGUUUGGAGAAAGAAAUCUUAGUCACAAAGGAGGAGCGUUCCACACUCCACACUCAUAUUGGACAGUAUGAAGACAAAUAUGAUGGUCUGACGAAAGAACUUGAGGACUCGCACCGAAGGGUAUUUGAACUUGAAGCAAUGCUAGAGAUGGCUCAACGUGAGAACGAAACAUUGAAGAGAGACGUCGACAACAAGUGCCGACAACUUGAAGAACAAUUGACGACAUCAGAACGUCAAAAUAACGACCUAAAGAACCAAUUGAAUGAAGCAAGACAACGUAACAAGAAGUUUACAGAAGAGUACACACGUGUGCAGAGAGAAUUGGAAGAUCUUCAAAGCAAAUGGGAUAGUAUGAAUAGCGAUGGAACCGGUAAAGAUCGCAUUAUUGAGCGAUUAAGACAAGAGCUAAAUAAUGCACAAAGCGAGUUGGAAAAUAUCCGACAUGAAUCAGAAAACAGAAAGACAUUGCUGGAAAGAACAAACGAAGAGAAACAAGAGUUGGUGGAAGAUUUGAAUGACAUCAAACAACGUUUGUAUGAAUUAGAAGGAUUGUACAAACAUAGUGAGGAAGAAAAGGAUCAGCUUCAACGAGAUUUGACCGAUCUUCACCGAAAACUGUCGGAGCUUGAAUCCGAUUAUGAAGGAUUGCAACGAGAAUCUGAGAAGGAAAGUCGAUCGUACAAAGCAAAGGUUGCGAAACUUGAAUCGCAAAUCGACAUCAUUAUUAAAGAUCGUGAUUACUUCAACGAGCAGCUGGAAGCAGAGAGGUUACUGUCGCAGAAGUACAAAGAUGAAUAUGAACGUGUGCAACGAGAAUAUCUUGAACAUCAAAAGAUAUGCGAGAGAUAUGCUGAUCAAAUUUUGGAACGCGAUCGUAUCAUUGAUGAAUUGAAGAAUCAAAUCUAUAAAUUUGAAACAGAGAUUGAUACCUUGAAAGAGCAACUAAGAAAAGCGCAGACAGCUCAACAAGUAGCAGAACAACAAAAGGACAAAGCUUUGGAAAAAUUAGAUGCUGCCGAACACAGGAUUCGUGAUCUUGAAGCUGAGAAUGACUACUUGAAGAAGAAGUUGGCUGAGUUGGAAAGAGAAGUUAGUGUUUAUGAAAUGAAAUUGGAUGAAGCUCAAAAGGAAAAUAGAAUUUUGAAAGAAAAGAUUAAAGAAUUGGAAGACGCUUUAAGAGAAGCGCGAAGCAAGAUUACGAGCUUGGAAACUGAAUUAUCAUCGAUCCGUCAUUUGAUCGGUGACCGUGAUUCCAUUAUCGACCGUCUGCAGCAGGAACUUCAUGAAAGUCAAGAACAAAAUCAUGCUUUAAGAAGACAGCUUAGCGAGUUGGAAUCAGCUCUUGAUUUAUCUGAACAAGAAAAAGACGACUUGCGAUCUCAAUUGGAUAAUGCUGAGCGACAAAUCAGCGAACUCAGAAAGAACUUGGAUAAGGUAAUUCAUGAAGCUCAACAGAUCGAAUCUGAGCUUGCAGCCACCAAACAUAGAUUACUAAAAAUAGAACCACAAUUGAAGACGGCAUUAAAACAGCGUGACGAAUACAAGGAGGCGUAUGAGAGCUGCAAAAGGAAACUGCAAGAUCUAAAGGAAGAAUUACUUAACGCUCAGAGACAGUUAACAGAUGCCCAAAGAGCUGUUGAACAAUAUAAGAAAGAGAUUCGACACAAAGAUAGUUUGCUGGAAGAGCUACGUGCAAGGAUCCUUACCUUGGUCGGACAACUACAAAGUGUCAAGGAUGAAUUGGCUCAUAAGCAACAUGAGAAUGAAAUGCUGAUCGAUGAAAAAAGAGCUAUCCAGGAAGAGCUGUUAAGGCUGAGACAGAAAGUAGGAGAUUUAGAAUCUGCCAACCAAAUCUUGUCCGCAGAAAAAGAAAAGUUAAACGAAGAGCUAAUUGCUUUUAACAGUAAGUAUACCGAAUUGAGAAUCAAGUAUGACAAAUCUGAACAAGAUCGUUUGGAAAGUCAAAGACAAGCUAUGGCUUAUGAGCAAAGGUUAGCAAAAUUAGAGCCACAGCUUCAACAAAUCUUGCGUGAAAACUCGGAGCUUAAUAUUCAAGUGGAAAGACUAGCUGACGAGCUACGAAAUGCUUUAGAAGAGAAUAGAUAUAUGAAACAAGAGAUUGCGGACCUUCAGAGAAUUAAAGAGGCGCAAGCCAAGGAAAUAUACGAAAAAGACAGCGUUAUUGAGCAGCUGAAGCACAAAAUUAAUCAUUUAGAGUCAGAAAACGUCAAUCUUCAACAGGAAGUAGAUCGCCUUAGAGCAAGUAAUGAUGCUUUAGAACAAGACAAGAGAAGUCUUCAUAACCAAUUGCAUACAACAUUAAACAGAAUUAAAGAACUUGAAGAGCUUUACGAGCAAGCGAGAAACAAACGCGACGAGUUGCAAGCCGAAUUGCACGAUCUCAAUAAGAAAUACUUCACGUUGGAGAGUGCUCACAAGAAAUGCAGUGAUCGAGAAAACGAUUUGAAGAAACGCAUUCAAGAUUUGUUGAACAGGAUUACAGAACUCGAAGAUCUGUACACAAAUGAAAAGAAGAAAAAUGGAGAGCUUGAGGCCGAAAAUGAUCGUCUCAAGGACUACAUCCACGAAUUAGAAAACACCAUUGAUGAUCUUAAGAGACAGCUGAAUGAUAGCGAGAAUGAGCUGGAACGGUUAAGAGCUGAAAACGACGAUCUUAAACAACAACUGUUAACACUUCAACGUCGCAUUGAAGAAUUAGAAGGCAUCAUUCAAGGAUUGGAGCAAGAGAAAAACUUCUUAGAAGAAGAACGUAAUUCAUUACGUCAACAAGUUAUCACGCUUGAAACCGAAGUUGAUAAUUUAACUAAACAACGAAACAACUUGCAAUCGCAGCUAGAAGAAUUAAGAAACGAAAUGAUGAGACUAAAAGAAACAAUCAUGAAGUUAGAAGGACAAAUCCGCGAACUGCAAAGGACUAUCGAAUCUCUUCAGCAGGAGAUCUAUCGAAAAGAGAGAAUCAUUGAACAAUUGGAUACCAAACGAAAGGCAAUGGAAAUUGAAAUUGAAAACUUAAAAAAUGAAUUGGUCAGCAAGGAGGUCAUCAUUGACAGUCUGGAAGAAGCAAGGAGAGAUUUGGAACUUCAAAUCAAAAACUAUGAAGGAAGAAUAACCAUAUUGGAAACAAGAAUUGAAAAGAUUAUUACAGAGAAAGGAGAGGUUGAACGCAACUACCAAGCGUACUACAACAAGUGCAGAGGUUUGGAAACACAAUGUAAUAUGAUCGCACGUGAAAGAGAUGACAUAAAGAAUGACAUUGACCGUCAUUAUGAUGACAUCCGAGCAGAAAAGGAGGAUUACUCAAAAUGUCAGAACAACUUGAGAGACGUUACAAGGACUGUUGAAAUUUAUCAGAAAGAAUUGGUUGAGAAAACUACAAUCAUCGAACGCCUUACUGUGAUCAAACAAACGCUAGAAAAUGAACGCGACACAUUAAAGAAAGAGAACGGCCAACUUCGUAAUGUGUGCAACCAAGGUAAAGAUGUUGAGAAGACUUUAAGAGAUGAAAUCCAAUCAUAUGUUUACAAAUUGACUACGAUUGAGAAAACUUGUCAAAAUCUAAAAUAUGAGCGCGAUGAGUAUAAAAACAAAGCUGAAACAGCGUUGAAACGGUUGGUAGAGAUUGAGACUCAACUGAAGAGAAGCAUUGAGCGUGAAAACAAGUUAAAACAAGAUUUGGAUGCUUUAGUCAACAAAUACCAAUUGUUAGAAACAAGCUACCAGGAGCUGCUAAGAGAAAAGAAUGACAUUGAGCGAAACUACAAGAAUCUCCUAGUGAAAUACAGGGACCUGGAAAACAAAUACAACAAAGUAGUCGCCACCAACAAAGAAUUGAAGGAUCAACUUCGAGAUGCAAAUAGCACUAUAGUUGACCUGAGAACUAAGCUGGAUAAGCAAAUCUACGAGAAUAGGGAUUUAAGAGAUCAAUUGGAUUCACUUAGAAAUCAAUACAACAAAUUAAAAGAUGAUCAUCAGCGUCUCGAACAAGAGCUCUCCGACUACAAAUUCAAAUAUGACGAUGCUAUCAAAGACUUGAACGAGAAGAACGAUAUUAUUGAUGAACUAAGAGCUAAAGUUACCAGUCUGGAAAGGCAAUUGAAUAAUCUAAAACAAACAGUCACUCAAUUGAGGUCAGAUUACGAAAGGAGCAUGAGAGAACAGGCUCGUCUACAAGAAGAUAUCGUAAGACUGCAACAACAACUUGCCGACUUAGAAUCUAAAUUGCAACGAGCAGAAUUAGAGAAUGAAAAGUUACAACGCGAAUUGAACGAAGCCCUGGCCAAGAUACCUGCCUUAGAGUCCGAAGUUGAUAAUCUCACAAAGCAACGUGACGCUUUACUUCGCGAAAACAGAGAGCUUCGAAAUGAAACCAUGAACUUAAAGGAGGAUAAUUCACGUCUUGAAAAAGAACUUGAAGAUUUGAGAAGAGACAACGAAAAGAUGAGAGAUGAGAUAAGAAAGAAGGAUGAGUUAAUUUCCCAGUUAAGACAAUUGCGCGCUGAACUAGAAAACGAGAUCGAUCAAUUGAGACACGAAUUAAGCGAUAAAGAUCGCGAAAUCGAUGACCUUUACAGCAAGAUUCGUGAAUUAGAAAGCACAGUUUUAGUAUUAAAUACGAAACUUGCAGAAAUUGAGCCUGCGUAUGAAGCAUCCAAGGAAAAGAUCCGAAGACAGGAAGAUGAAAUAAUUGAAUUGAGGAACAAGAUCACUGAUUUAGAAUCUGCCUUGAAACAGAGUCGCGACAAUGAAAAUGAUCUUGAAAAUAAAUUAUCGCUUGCGGAGUCAAAACUCACUAAGAUCACACAGCUAUUCGAAGAAGUAAAACGAAAGAAUCACGAUCUAGAACACCAAUUAGAAAGAGCUAACGAUGAACUUACCCAACUAAGAGAAUCAAACAGGAAUCUAGAAAACGAACGAGAUCAAUUGCUCAAAGAACUUCAAGAUGCAAGAAGCACGAUUUCACGCCUUGAACCAAUGGUAGAACAUCUACAAAAGCAUAAAUCUCAGCUGGAAAAAGAUCUUGAAGAAGCAUUGCGGGAAUUAGAGCAAAUAAAAUCUGAAGUAAGUAACUACCAGAGAGAGAUAAAUGAAAAAACAAGGUUGAUCGAAUCCAUGACAAAACAACUGAACGAUAAAGAUGCGCUGAUUGAGAAAUUAAAGUCUGACAAAGCUACUUUGGAGAAAGAGAAUGAAGGACUAAACGAAGCUUUGAAUAACCUUCAUGUUCUCUUGGAUGCAACUCAAAGACGUAAAGAGGAAGUUGAGCGUGACCUAUUUGAAAAUAGAAAGAAAGUUGCUGAGUUGGAAAAUCUACUCAAUGCAACCAAGGAAGAAAGAGACGACCUGCUUAGACAUUUGAAAGAUCAUCAUGAGCGCUUGGUUGCAAUGGACAGCGAUUUGAGAAAGUCACAACAAAACGAAGCAAGACUGAAAGGAGAAUUAGAAGAAGCUAAAUCGCGUAUUCAAAGACAAAAAGAUGAAAUCAACCGAUUACUUACUCAAAUUUCCGACUUCAAAUCCACAAUUGAUCAUUUGACUCAUGAUGUCGCUGAUAAACAGAGCACUAUCGAUGGAUUGAAUUCAAGGAUAAAAAGCCUUGAAUCACAAAAUGGUAGCCUGAAGAAAGAAUUACAGAAGGUUAAGGAUAACUUAGAAAGAGUCUUAAAGGAUUACCAUGAUCUGGAGAGUGAAGUCCAACAACUCCGAGCUAAGGUGUUCAGUUUAACUUUACUCAACGAAACCUUAAAGGAUGAGAAAGAUAGGUUACACGAAGCUUAUCAAGAGUUGGAAAGAGAUCACCACGACUUAAAGAACAAAUACAACAAUCUUAUCCGUGAUCAUGACAGAAUCAAGGAUGACUUGAAUUUUGCCAACAAGAGAAUCGAAGAGCUUGAAAAUAUGAAUGCAGGCGUGAACGCUGAAAAUGAUCAAUUGAAACAAUUAGUAGCUUCACUCAAACGUCAAAUCAACGACCUGCAAAACACCAUUGAUCAACUCAGACGUGAGAAGAGCACAUUGGAACAAAAUAUCACUCAACACACUGAAAUUGAAGUUGGUCAUGGUCGUGGAGAUGAUGCAGAUUAUAUCUCCAUCCAUGAGUACAAUGAGUUAAAGAUCCAAUUGGAGAAUGCUUUAUCAUUGAGAGGAGACGCUGAAAAAGAGAGAGAUAACUUCCAACAAGAACAUAUUGAAUUGCAUAAACGUAUUUCUAAACUUGAAGUUGAACUGGAAGCCGCUGUCAACAAGCGUGAUGAAUAUAAGAGACUCUUAACUGAAGCUGAAAGAAGAAUAAGGGAAUUAGAAGGCAUCAACGGACGACUGAGUGAUCGUGAAAAGGAAUUGCAAGAAGAAUUACUUGCAUUACAUAAUGAUGUCACUGGUUUGCAACAGCAAAUUGUUCUUCUGAAGGUUAGAUUAAGCAAAGCAGAAGCUGAUAAGGCAAAUUAUGAUGAAAGAAUUGCCAAACUUGUCCAUGAAAGCAACGAUCUUCACCAAAAACUUUCUCAAGUUGAAGCAUCCAUUGAUGAAAAGGAUUCCACAAUUGAACAACUUCAACAAGCACUGGUUGACGAAAGGCGCCACGUUGCUGACUUAGAAUCCCAAUACCAAAUCAUCAAAGGUGAACACGAAAAAGCUGUCAAUGAAAUUCGAGACAGAGACCAAAAGAUUGAAGAUUUAGAGCGAAAAUUGCACGAUGAGGCAACAAAGUAUGCUCAACUGAAAGGACAGCUUGACGAAAUGAAUGCUCGCAACAAGACCUUAAAGGAUGACAUUACUGAAAUGAACAGAAAGAUGUCAGAUUUACAGCGUGAGCUUGAUCACGCGAAACGAGAUAUCAGUGAGAAAGAAACCGUCAUAGAUCGUUUGACUCAAGACAAGAAUACAUUAGAAAAUGACGUAGAUGCAUUGAAACAAGAACUUUCAUCAGUCAAAUCAGAAUUAGACCGUCUAAGAUUAGACAACCGAAGCUUGCAACAAGAAAAUCACAGCUUAAGCACUAAAGUAAUGGAAUUGGAAUCUGAGCAUGCCAUGCUUCAUGAUACAAUUGAUCGGUUGAACAAGGAAAUUGAUAACUUAAAACGCGAAUUAGAAAGACUGACAGAUGACAACUCUCGCUUGACAAGUGAAAAUCGACGUCUGACACAUGAAAUCAAUGUUCUUACCCGCCGCUCUGGAGGUGGACCAACUGAUUACGACUCAUUGAAACAAAACCGCGAUGCCUUGCAAUUAGAGAUUACGCAGAUCACCAAAGAACUAAGAGAGCUAAAGAUUACCUACAAUACGUGUGACGGUGAGAAAAAAGAUUUCUAUAAUCGAGUUAAAGAGCUUGAACAUGAUCUGGCUGAUCGCGACAUUCUCAUCCAGCAGCUUGAACAAGAAAAAGACAAACUUCAACGAGACCUCGAUGCUGCUAAAGCUAGGGCAGAUAAAUUCGAAUUAACAACUGAAACGUUGGAAAAUGAAAAGAACAAACUUCAAUCAGAAUUAAUGGAAUUACACAAGAAGCUCACCAAAUUAGAAGGUGAACAUGAGAUGGCAUGCAGCAGAAGAGACGAUCUACAGAAGGAACUUGAUACAACUCUUGCCAAGUUACGUACACUUGAAGAAACCUACAAACGAAGUCAAGAAAGAGAGUCUAAACUUCAAACCGAUAUGUUGGCGGCACAUAAGAAGAUCACUAUUUUAGAACAUGAAGUCAACUCAACCCGUGACAAGAUCAGUGCAUUGGAGAGAACAUUGAAGACAAUGGAAGACAGAAACAAUGAACUAAAGGACAAGUUAAUGGAUGCUCAAAAACGUAUUUCAGAACUUGAAGUUGCCUUAGAAACGAGCGACGACAAGAACAAAGAUUUAACUUCCGAAUUAGAAGCCAUGAGAAGGAAGUACGAUGAAUUGAGAGAAACAUACCGACUACAUGAGAACUCUAAAGAACAACUUGUUGCUGAAAUUCAAACAUUAAACAACAAAGUGUCAAGACUUGAGAAUAAACUUGCUCAAGCUCUCAAAGAUAAAUCCUACGUUGAUAGUCAAUUAGAGGAUGCGCGUCAAAAGGCUGCGAAAGACAGAGACGAUCUAAUGGCCCUGCAAAGGCAAAUCUUGGAGAUCCAACGUAAAUGUGAUUCUUACAUGAAGGAAAUUUCCCAUCAAAGUACCAUUAUUGAUGAUCUCAGAAGUCGGAAGACUGUUUUAGAAGGAGAGGUUGAAUCGUGCAAGAGAGAUUUAGAAAAUAAACAGUAUGAAAUUGAAGGCGUCGAGAAUGAGAAGAAAGCUCUACAAGAAGAACUGGAUAACCUGAGAAAGAAAUUCGCUGAACUCGAAGCUGAAUUCUUGGCCGUUCAAGAAGAAAAAGAAAAGAUCAGACAGGACAUGAUCGCGUCUCACUCAUCUGUAUGUAGAUUAAAGGAAAACUAUGAAAGUAGUUUGGGUGACAAAGGUAAACUACGUGAAGAACUCGCUGCUUUUCAUCGCAAAAUUGCUGAAUUGACGAGCUCUUACGAUAGCUGUCGAACAGAACGUGAUCGAUACAAGUCGGACUCCGAUAAGUAUCGAGAACAGUUGGACAACCUUAAAUCGCAAUACGAUACCACUCAAGGUGACUUCACAAAAUAUAGAGGAGAUUACGAAACAAUUCUUCAAAAAUGUCAGAAAUCAGAGCAAAACUACAUCACAUGUGAACGUGAACGAGACCGAUUACAGAAGGAAUUACUCGAGACCCAUCGAAAGUCAUCCGAUAUCACAGUUCUCCUUCAAACAACACAAGAAGAAAAGAAAUCGCUCGAAAACCAAUUGCGAUUAAUACAAGACGAACUCGAUAAAUACAGAAAUGGAUUCGAGACCUACAACACAAAAGCUAACUCUCUUCAAGAAGAAAUUUUACAAAGCCACAAGCAAUUCACUAAGAUGGAAGCAUCGUAUCAACGCUCGAUUGAGAAGGAAGAAAGGCUAGAAAAAGAAGUUGAAGAUUCAAGAAUGCGUAUCGAACAUAUGGAUCAUGACUUAGGAAACGCUCGUGCAAAGAUUGCUGAAUUGGAGGCCGAAUUGAAUCGCGCAAGAAGCCAACUGCAACGAGAGCAGACCGAAAGUGAGACUUACACGCAUGAAACGACACGAAUGCAAACGACCAUUCGUGAAUAUGAAAGCAGAUUGUCACAAUUACGUAACUCAGAUGAUGAGAACAAAAACCUAAAGGAUGAGAUCAAUGCCAUGAAAUCUCAAGUUUCCAAACUAGAGAUGGAGUUACGUACAGAAAAGAACAAUCUGACCGUGACUACUGAUCAAUUGGACCAAUCAAAGAACACGGUUGAUAAACUCAACAACGAAAUAGCUGCAUUGCAACGACAAAUACGAGCGGCUGGUGGUGAUAAUGAGAAACUCAGCAACGAACUUCAUAAUACCAUUCACGAGAAAGAUAGCGAAAUUGAACGAUUGAAAUCGAAUUUAAGAAUGUUAGAAAGAGAAGCUGAAGGUCUACGAUCGCAAAUCGGUCAGACUCAAGAACAGUAUGAAGAAGUCGCUCGUGGAAAGAGCAACAUCCAACAGGAGCUUCAGAACAUUGUGAAGAAACUGAUCAACAUUGAGAUGACGCACAUCACCACCAAAGAUGACCGUGUUCGCGAACACGAAGGUGUAAAUGACUAUGACAAAUCCUUUUACGACAUUAAGUUCAUCAUCGACAAAUGUGAACGCGAAUUCCAAGAGCGACAAACCAAAUGUAAAUAUCUUGAGGAUCAAAAUGAACAAGAGAAGAAAGACAAAGCUAACAUGCAGAAAGAGAUUGAUGACUUGCAGCAUAGACUUGAUUCCAUCCAAUAUCAAUGUCAAGCGCUUGAGAACGAUAAGAAGAGAUUAACAGACGACUGGCACACAAUGCAGUCGAAAUACGACGACCUCGAUCGCGAUUACAAAGUCCAAAAAGAUCAGUGUGUAUCAUAUGAGCAAGAACUACAGACCACCAAAACAACUAUCUACGAUUACGAACAGAAAUACAACAGCACUGAAUCUCGUUACCAAGAAACCAGCCAAAACAUUCGGGAUCUGCAACAACGUGUUGACCAAUCACAAAGAGAAUGCUCGACGCUUAAGAACGAAUUGAACGAUGAAAAAGAACGUGGUAGAAACAGUAAGCGAGAGUUUGAUCGCCAACUUCGUGAGCAUCAAAGAUCUAUUGAUGGUCAUGUGAAGAACGCUCAUGAGAAAGACAUGCUGAUUGAGGAGUUGAAAUCAAAGAGAGCUGCAUUGGAAGCUGACAUUGAACAACUUCGAAGAGAUUUGAACAAACAAAAAGAUGACCUAAAGAAAGCCCAACGCGAGAGAGAUCAAUCAAGACAAGAUUACCAAGACUCCAACAGAAUGAUUCAAGAGUUACAAGAUACUUGUGAAGAAAUAAAACAUGCUAAGAUCUUAAUUGAAGAAGAGUACAAGAUCACCAUUGAGAAAUACGUGAAAGAAGUUCGAGAAACUCAUAUUAAAUUGACCAGAGUUGAAAACGAAUUGAAAACAACUGUCGAGAACCAACAAUACGAUCAAGAUGAACGAUACAAACGAUUGCAAAUCACCAUUCAGCAAGAACGAGAAGAAUCGCGCAAACAACUCUACGAUCGCUCGAUUGAAAUCGAAAAACUUAAAGCUAACAUUACAAGUCAAGAAAGUGAGAUUCGAAGAUUGAGACGAGAAAUUGAAGAUCUAUUGAAGCAAAUUCGUGAACAAUCGCAAUCUAGUCACUCAUCUUCUAUUGUCUUCAAACCUAAACAACCUUUAGUCGAACAUCAGAUUCCACUUCAUCACGAGCAACAUAGUCAUGAAACAACCAUUCAUGUUACACCACAGCAGCGAUAUGAAACAGAAGUGUACCUUGAUGCAACCGAGAAAGAUAAGGAAGCAGAAAAGAAACAGUAUUCUUCUUCCUUCUACCGCUCCACUGCAUCGAUGAAAACUGGUCAAGAUUUAGGAACAGUUGAUGUCGUGCUUGGUGUUCAGCAACCAAAAGAAGAAAGAAGAUCGUAUGAUUACAGAGAUAGCAGCUCACCAGUUCAAAAAGAACGUCAAGUCAGUUCAACCAGCAUUCGAACAACAGGCGUGCAACCACGGACAUUCUCGGAAUAUCAAAUCAGAGUAGGAGAUACGACCACAGAACCUGAAGAAAGAACAGUUUCUCAAACACGUGGUGUGUCCGAAUACCAAAUGCGCGUCGGUGGUAGCACCAGUGGCAGCAGCGAAAGAGAGAUUGGUCAAACCACUACCUCCGAACAGGUGAUCACCACAACGGUUGAGAAACGUGGUAUAAGCAGCUAUCAAAUGCAGACUGGUCGAACUUCAUCUCCAUACGGUAUGACAGGGGCAAGUCGCAGUGGUACGUCUUCACCUUACACUACACAGCAAGCUUCAGGACAGGAAGAAGAAGAUGACGAGCUCAAAUAUAUCUUGGAACAAUCCCGCAGUAGAAGAAAGAGAAUGAAGGAAGAAUUCCACACCAGCUCGUAAAUGAUUUAAAAAUUAGACGCAACCAGUAACAAAGAAGUGGUGCGACAGUUACGACUGUUCGUAAAUAUUAAUAUUUUUAAGUUCGAAAGACAUUUUUUUAGUAUUGUAAAAUGUUGUUUAUAUGUUUGUGAAAACUUGUGUGAGUAAAAUUAAAUCUAGAUCAUAACGGAAACAUUCCCAUGCCUUUAAUCUGCAAUCACUUAAAUUAAGCUUGAACAGAAAUUUUCCAUUUAUACAAAAAGUGUUAUCGUGAAGGAUACAAGCUCUCCGCAUUUAAGCCGGAUUUUUAAUGAAAAAAUGAUAUACGUAUCGUACCGAAAUCAGCAGAUCUGGUUAGACAAUUUUGAUUUGUUGCUCAAUACUGCAAAAAGUAGGAUUAAAUACGACAUUUUUACGUAGUUUGCGUAUCAAAGAACGAUACGUUGUAUUUCUUCUUAAAAAUCCGGUUUUAUGCGUUACUUUUAACAAAGUUUUUUAAAUAAAUUUGUUAGUGUGUUUUUACAAUAGAAAUUCUCGUAGAAUUUAUAAUUUAUUUAGCUCGUGCCUAGCCUCCCUUUUGAGAUACAUAGAUAUGUCUGGCACCAUACUGAUGUAAACAAAAUAAAAGGGACCCGCUGUGGUACUUUUGUGAAAUUUUAUUGGGUUACUUUUUAAAAUAGACGCUAAUUUAUUGUAUAAAUUUAAAUAAAUUAAGAUAUUAUGUAGAGCUUUAUUGUGAAAUUUUGUUUUUGAACUUGGGUACUUUUUUCUUGGAGUUAUUUAUAGAAAUUAAGUUAUUAGCUUAUUAAUUUGUAUUUUAAAUGUUUAAAAAAAACGCAACUUGUUUGCAAAA